GACACUUUGGCGCUUUUAGUACAUCCAUGGAGAAGCAGCAAAAGAUGAUUGUAAGAAUUUUCUAGUGGUCUUUUGUGCCCAAAUUACUAAAUUAUUGGUCACUGCUGUACUAUCACACAAUUCCCCAGUAUCCCUUGCAUCGAUUCCAGUGCAAGGUGUGGAGAAAGAGAGAUUGUCACUUUUUUCCGGACACAUCAAACACAUACUCAAAAAAAAAUAUUGUGUUUUCUGAGACGGCAAAUUUGUUGCAGAGAUAGACAUCACCCUUGGAUUUGGUGGGAUUACCAGGAGAGAGAUUAGAGUUAGGUGAGAGUGAAAGAGAGAAAAUACACGUGUGACCAAAGAGAAGUGACAUUUGGGCAGAAAAAAAUAUUAUUCUCCAAUUAAGUAGAGAAAGUGUGGGAGUUGUCUUAGUGGUUGAUGAAGAAGAACUCCCUAAAUCGCCUCCCGGCUGAGGGUAACAACAAAAAAAUGGAGACAGACACGAAUGGACGGGAUGUUGAAGCACCCGUAGAGAAGAUGGACACCCAAGAUCUCGAGUGUAUCGAUGCUAAUGUCAUUCCGGCUAAUGUCUGUGACACACCAAUGCGCUCAGAAGAAUUCGACGAGACACUACCAAUGGAGGAGAAUGUUGAUUUUGCACCAACAGCAACAUCACCCCUUCAUCCAUUUGGACAACAACAGACACCAGCAGCUGAGCCACCACGUGAAGAUUCAACAAUGGAGGAAGAAGAUCAUGCCAGAUCAGAAGCCACAUUUACAUUUCGCGUGGAAGAAUUCAGUAAGCUCAAUGAGCAACUUCUAUCGCCACCAUGCUACGUCCGUAAUCUCCCAUGGAAGAUCAUGGUGAUGCCAAGGACUACACAGGGUGGUGAUCGACCACAGGCCGACAACCGUUCCCUGGGCUUCUUCCUGCAGUGCAACGGUGAAAAUGAUUCGCCAUCGUGGACAUGCAAAGCCACGGCGGAUCUAAGCAUUCACAAUUUUAAGCCGGACGUCGAACCACUCAGCCGGAAGAUCACCCAUGUGUUCUACAGCAAGGAGAAUGACUGGGGAUUCAGUCACUUCAUGUCAUGGAGUGAUGUUCUCGAUCCCGAGAAAGGAUACAUCAUGGAUGAUGCAAUUGUCCUGGAGGUUCAUGUAGUGGCUGAGGCGCCUCACGGUGUCUUCUGGGACAGCAAAAAGUACACAGGCUACGUUGGUCUCAAGAACCAAGGUGCCACGUGCUACAUGAACUCCCUGCUGCAGACACUUUACUUCACCAAUCACCUCCGGAAGGCGGUGUACAAGAUGCCCACAGAGGCAGAUGAUAGUAGCAAGAGUGUAGCUCUGGCCCUUCAGCGGGUCUUCCAUGAGCUUCAGUUCUCCGACAAGCCUGUGGGCACAAAGAAGCUCACUAAGAGCUUUGGAUGGGAAACCCUUGACAGUUUCAUGCAGCACGAUGUGCAGGAAUUCUUGCGUGUCCUGCUGGAUAAGUUGGAGAGCAAAAUGAAGGGUACUUGCCUCGAGGGUACUAUUCCUCGGCUGUUUGAAGGAAAAAUGUCUUCAUACAUCAAGUGCAAGAAUGUUGAGUACACAAGUACACGCAUUGAGACUUUCUAUGACAUCCAGCUAAAUAUCAAGGGUAAAAAGAACAUCGAUGAGAGUUUCAAGGACUACGUGGCCACUGAAACACUCGAUGACGACAACAAGUACGAUGCUGGAGAGCAUGGACUGCAAGAGGCUGAGAAAGGAGUGAUCUUUGUCUCAUUCCCACCCGUCCUCCAUCUCCAUCUCAUGCGUUUCCAAUACGAUCCUGUCACAGAUAACAGUGUCAAAUUCAAUGAUCGCUUUGAGUUCUACGAACAUAUUUCACUGGAUGCUUAUCUGCAGGAACCAGAGCAAACACCGGCCGAGUAUACACUUCAUGCCGUUCUGGUGCAUUCUGGUGACAAUCAUGGUGGUCACUAUGUUGUCUACAUCAAUCCACUGGGUGACGGAAAGUGGUGCAAGUUCGAUGAUGAUGUUGUUUCUAGAUGCACGAAGGCUGAAGCCAUUGAAUACAACUACGGUGGACUGGAUGAUGACCUGAGCCUUCAGGCACGUCACUGCAGUAAUGCCUAUAUGUUGGUGUACAUCAGGGACUCAGUCCUGCCCACAGUUCUGCAGGAUAUCAUCGAACAGGACAUCCCCAGUGAAUUGGUGGAUCGUCUGUCGGAGGAGAAGCGUAUGGAGCAGGUGCGUAGGUCGGAACGUAGUGAGGCGAAUGCCUACAUGAAUGUACAUGUGGUGCUGGAGGAAUACUUCGAAGGGCACCAGGUGACAGAUCUCUUUGACUACGAAAAGGUGCAUUUGAGGGUGUUUCGGGUGAAACGUACGGCUACCAUGACCGAAUUGAUGGGAAUGUUGGUGGAAGCAUUUAAGACUCCGGCUGAACAGUUGCGUCUGUGGCCACUGUCACAGCGGCACAGUCAACUGACACGACCGAUGGUUUUUGACAUUCAGGAUGAUGGCAAUAAAUCUGUCAUUACAGUAGCAGAUAGUCAGAAUCCAUGGACGGUGUUUCUGGAAAUGCUAUCACCGGAUUCAGGAGUGGCUCAUUUGCCGGUAUUUGACAAGGAAACCGAUGUUCUACUCUUCUUCAAAUACUACGAUCCAAAUCAGAAGAAACUUCACUAUGUAGGACAUGGUUACUACAAUUUAACGAUGAAAAUUGGAGAUUUGGUGCCGGAUCUACUGGAUCGUGUUGGAUGGUCAAGGGAUACCCAAGUGAUUUUGUAUGAAGAACAGGCAAGUGGAUAUGUUGUGAGAAUUAAUAAUUUCAACGAGACCAUUGAGAAGAGCAUGCGAGAAAUUACCGAUGGGGAUAUUGUUAUCUUUGAGAAGCGCGAAAAGGCAGAUAAUUUGGAAUUGCCAACAGUUGAGGACUACUUCAGGGAUUUACUGUAUCGUGUUGAAGUGACCUUCAUUGAUAAGACCAAUCCCAAUGAUUCGGGCUUUACAUUGGAACUAUCACAGAGAAUGUCAUAUGAUCAAUGGGUGAAGGUUGUUGGUCAGAGAAUGAAUGUUGAUCCGUAUGAGAUACAAUUUUUCAAAUGUCAAACAUACAAAGAUGUCCCGGGAAAUGCACUUAGGAGUUCCUAUGAUGGAACAUUGAAGGACAUUUUGAUCUACAAUAAGCCAAAAAGCACCAAGAAAAUCUUCUAUCAGAUCCUCUCGAUGAAUAUUAAUGAGUUGGAGACGAAGAAGCAAUUUAAGUGUGUAUGGGUAUCGGCAAAUCUCAAGGAAGAGAAGGAGAUUGUGCUGUAUCCUAGUAAAUGUGGCACAGUUAAGACACUCCUCGAUGAGGCAGCUAAGCAAGUGGAAUUCUCAGAUGGUGGUUCGAGGAGGUUGCGUUUGGCAGAAAUUAUUGGUCAUAAGCUCAAUAUGGGACCAUCUGAAGAUACCCUACUGGAAUGCCUGCAGACAAGUGCUGAACAGACACUGACCAAUCAGAAGAUGUAUCGAAUUGAAGAGGUACCCAAGGAUGAGGUAAAUCUAGCUGCUGAUGAGCAACUUGUGCCUGUAACGCAUUUCUACAAGGAUAUCUACAAUUCAUUUGGUAUACCAUUCUUCAUCAAAGUGAAGAAUGGUGAACCAUAUGCUUCACUGAGGCGUCGCAUUAAAGCUAAACUUAGUGUGCCGGAUAAGGAGUGGGAGAAGUACAAGUUGGCCAUUCUCACGAUGAACCGAAUUGACUAUAUCACCGAAGAUGAAGGAUGUGUCAAUGUCAAUGAAUUCCGGAGUCAGACGACAAAUAAUCCCAGACAGACAGCCCCCUACUUCGGACUGGAGCAUGUCAACAAACUACAGAAACGAUCACGCUUUAGCUAUCUUGAAAAAGCGAUUAAGAUUUACAAUUGAACUCUUACUUAUAUAUUUGCUAUAAACGCCAAUAUUGAAUAUAAUUAUCCCACUUCUGAAAUCCCAACAACCACCCCACCUCCCCUCAAUUUCCCAUUUUCCAAUCAUUGUGUCUCACUUCCCUACCCGCAUCGUCCUCCCCAGCAACAAAAAAAAACACCAUCCCUCUUCAGUUUCUUACUGAGUUUCUGGCCAUUUCUUCCUCAAUUUCCCAAAAUCCCAAAUAUUAAUUUUUACACUAGAAUUUCUAUUGUAGAUUGAAGUAAAAAAAAAUUUGUAAAGAUAAGUUUGAGCAAAAUUCAAUGAUGGAGCAUAUAAUAAAGUAAAAAAAAAAACAAAAUACAAGAAAAAAGAUAAUUGUAAAUCAUGGUGACAUACACGUGUAAAAUGUUUCUUUGGAAUGACUUUCGAGAUUUGUGAAUUUUUAUUUUCUUUUGCAUUCGAGUAUUAACAAUUCGAUGUUCACGAUUAAUUGAUUUUUAAUAAAAAGGUCAUACAUUUAGA